GUUUCUUUCCUCGAUCCUCCCCAACAGCACCGAUAUGUGCAUGCUUCAAGCUCCAAAUGCCCAACUUCUCUUUCGACAGUAUUAUACCGACUGGGCUUUCCUCAGGUUUCUGCAGACCCUAUGAACCGAAGUCCUGAAUCAAGAACAUUCUGUACCUGCUGACCUGGACCUCUUGUCAAACGCCCUUAGGCUAGCGGAACAAGUCUAACGGAGCCAAAACGGCCGCCUUGAGUCUUGACUGCUGUACGACAUAUUUGUCCCCGUGCGCAUAUGUUUUCAGCCUGCUGUCUCGAUUUCGGUGCUACGGUUCAACGUUCAAACAUCGUGAACGGUUUAAUUCCGACAAUGGCAGGCUUCGGCCCUGAUACAGUCUCCUUGAGACUCGGAGCAAGUGAUUGCAAUGCAUGAUCAUUGUUUCAACUGACCUACAUAUGUCUAGAUCUGUGUCGUGUUUCUAGGCGGUACUUAUAGUGGCUGAGGGCUUUGGUUCGGAUCUCGAGACUCGAACGCUGCUUCUCUACCUGGCUUUCCUCGUUUGUCGUCGCUCUUCACGACCUAUUGUAACGUGAUGCCCACUACUAUAGCAAGUCUUCCUGCAGAGUUGUUGCUCGACAUCUUCGCAAUCGCAUGCACUGAUACAGGGUAUACCGGCUGCUGCUUGACAGCUGUUUCGCAACGUUUUCGGGCCCUCUGUACCGGUAGCGGUGUCGAUAUCGAGAAUGUUGUUGUGAAUGGAGUCGAGAAGAUGGAGGGGUUCUUGGCGGUUUUAGAGCGAAGGGAGAAACGAGCCAGACGGGUUAAAAAUCUCUUGCUCACAGAUCGCGUUGGAAUUGAGGAUACGGGUGCUGGAGGGAAUCACUGCGUCGCAUCCACUUCUUCAGAAACCUGCACGACUUCUCCCGUUUUACUUUUGGACCAGAUCCUUCGUAGCGUCUCGGAACACGAUCUCCGUAUCCUAACUAUCCACCUCCCCCAUUACCGCCUCGCAAUACCAACCAGUCCCUCGGUGUUCUCGACACCCUUUCCCUCACUAACCGACCUCACACUCUACGCAGCACUCGAUUUCCGCUUCUUCGAAGCCUUCUACCCGUGUCCGAGCCUGAAGCGUCUACACAUUGCCGCUCACAACCAACUGCCAAAGGACUUUGGGGGCUCAAUCAACAGGAUUGCCCCUCAUCUCACCCAUCUCAGGUUGUCUGCUGUUCGCAGCCUUUCAACGUCCGGUAACCUACCUGAAGUCCUCCGCGCGUACUCUAACCCAGUUGAUACAAUUCACAAUGCCACUAUCAACGCUAAGGAUAACCGCCUUGUCGAUUCGAUUGCGAAUACGAACAACGAUGCCAUUCCUAUCAAUCACGAGCUACCUUCUAGUGUUCAUACAUUGAUCAUCGGGUUUAUCACAUUUUUCCAGUCUUGUGUCGCGCGCCGCUUAGGGAGAGAGCAGAUCAACUACUUGCAGACGACUCAGGCACUGCGUCAGCUGGCUGAUUCGAGUAAUCACAAGCCUCCUGUUAGUAUUGCGAACGCGGGUGGACGGAAGCUGGUGGUGUGUCCUACUCCCGCGAUUCGUUCCCAGGGUGACAUCGAGGAGGACGCGAGAGAAUGUUACACACGACUGCGGAUGGAGUGGGAAGAGAGAGUUGCGGGAAGGGAGGCUGGUUGGGAUGUUAUGCAUCAGUCGAUUUCAUGACCUCAAAUACCAAAUACUCGCGGCGUUUAAGUGUGGAACCUGUUCACCAGGCCUUGCUAUAUCGCGAUGUGCGACGAUCCUGGGAAGUGGUCUCGUAACUUAUAGCUUGAAUUAUUCUUGUCCCUCGGCUUCGAUCUGCGGGCAUACUGGUAUUGUAUUGUACAGUAUAGGCUUUGUGAACUCUGUUGUAUUUCCUCCCCUCGGGCUCGGGCAUCGAUACAUCACCUUCUUGGGUUGUACCGAAGUGAGCUUCGUCUGUCUGUUCUCGUCCAGCGCUUGCACAGUGUGUACUGUCCGAUUACACACUGCGAUUGGCGUCACGUCAAGUAUUCGAUAUAAAUGGAUAGAGAAUGGC